AUGGCGUACCACCUGGGGUCCCCCUUCCCCAACUUCACCGCGCCCGCGUCGGGCGUGGAGGGCCCCUUCAACCUGUACGAGUACGUGGGGGACAUGUGGUGCAUCCUCUUCAGCCACCCAAAUGACUUCACACCCGUGUGCACCACAGAGCUCGCUGAGUUCGGGCGCAUGUAUGAAGACUUCCUCAAAGCAAAUUGUAAAUUAGUUGGGUUCAGUUGUAACUCAAAAGAAUCUCAUGAGCAGUGGAUUGAAGACAUUAAGCACUAUGCAAAAUUAACCCAAUGGAAAAUACCCAUUGUUUGUGAUGAGUCCAGGGAGCUAGCCAAUAAAUUAAAAAUAAUGGACGAGAAGGAAAAGGACAUAAAGGGAUUACCACUCACAUGCAGAUGCGUUUUUUUUAUUUCUCCUGAAAAAGUAGUUAAGGCAACUGUAUUAUAUCCUGCCACCACUGGAAGGAAUGCUAAUGAAAUUUUACGUGUCCUGAAGUCGCUCCAGUUGACCAGUGAACAGCCUGUGGCAACCCCCGUCAAUUGGGCAGUGGGGGACAAGUGCUGUGUCUUGCCCACCGUGGGGGAUGCAGACUUGCCUGCUCUCUUCCCCAAGGGGGUUCAGAAGGUACAACUCCCCUCGGACAAACCCUACCUGAGGUUCACCUCGCUGUGA